AUGUCAUCUGCAAAUCACAAAUCGGACUUUCUGACGCGAACCGCUGCACCGGAGCAAAAAAAGUGCCACAGGGCUCUGGCCGAAGCCCGCCAACUCUUUAAAGUGCCAUGUGAAACAUCCAGCAGGAGGAGGAGGAGCUCAAUCUGCCUGCAGGAGCUGAGCAUAGACAGAGCCUCAAUCUUCAAUGGAAUGGAAAACACGAGUGAAAAGGAAGAGAAAGCGAAAGACAACGGGCUCGUCCAUCAGCCAGAUAAAGGUCAGGAUUUAGUGGGUGGAAUUGGGCAGAGCGGUGAAUUGCAGAUGUGGAGAACAGCAGGGAUUUUUCCGCUGUCGUGA